CACAAACCACCAGCCAUGAGAGCUGUUGUACUUGCCUUGACUGUAGCCUUUGUGGCGAGUCAACAGAUUAACCUUGUCCCUGAGUUUGCCCCUGAUAAGACCUAUGUGUACAACUAUGAGGCUCUACUCUUGGGUGGCCUUCCUCAAGAAGGUUUGGCCAGAGCAGGUAUAAAGAUCAACAGCAAGGUUCACCUCAGUGCUGUGACAGAGAACACCUUCUUGAUGAAGCUCAUGGAACCUGUAAUCUACGAGUACGCUGGUAUUUGGCCCAAGGAUCCAUUUUUUCCUGCCACUAAGCUCACCUCAGCAUUGGCUGCUCAGCUUCAGAUUCCCAUCAAGUUUGAGUAUGCUAAUGGUGUGGUUGGAAAGGUAUUUGCCCCUGCAGGAGUCUCCCCUACUGUACUGAACUUACACAGAGGUAUCCUCAACAUCCUUCAGCUCAACCUCAAGAAGACCCAGAACAUCUAUGAGCUGCAAGAGGCUGGAGCUCAGGGAGUGUGCAGGACCCACUAUGUCAUCAGUGAGGAUCCAAAGGCCAACCACAUUACCGUAACCAAGUCUAAGGAUCUGAGCCAUUGCCAGGAGAGAAUCAUGAAGGACGUUGGCUUGGCAUACACUGAGAGGUGUCAUGGAUGUACAAAGAGGGUCAAGAGUCUGAUUGAAACUGCAACUUACAACUACAUCAUGAAACCAUCUUCCACUGGUGCACUGAUCACUGAGGCAAAAGUUGAGGAAGUGCAUCAGUUUUCACCCUUCAGUGAGAUUUAUGGUGCUGCCCAGAUGGAAGCAAAGCAAACCUUGGCUUUUGUUGAAAUUGGGAAGACCCCUGUUGUUCCAAACAAAGCUGAUUACAUGGCACGUGGAUCCCUGCAAUACGAGUUUUCAACUGAGAUUCUUCAUACCCCCAUACAACUCAUAAACAUUAACAAUGCACCAGCACAGAUUGUGGAGGUCCUGAAGCACUUGGUUGCGAACAAUGUGGCCAUGGCCCAUGACGAUGCUCCACUUAAGUUUGUUCAGCUCAUUCAGCUCCUGCGUGCUGCCACCCUAGAGAAUAUUGAGGCUCUCUGGACUCAGUUCAAGAAUGAACCAGUUUACAGGCGCUGGCUCCUGGAUGCUCUUCCUUCUGUUGGCACACCAGUCAUUGUAAAAUUCAUCAAGGAGAAGUUCCUGGCUGGUGAACUUACCCUUCCAGAGUUCAUUCAGGCUCUUGUGGUUGCUCUGCAAAUGAUCACUGCUGAUUUGGAGAGCAUACAGUUGACAGCUAGUUUGGCUAUUCAUGAGAAACUCUCCACAAUCCCAGCUCUCCGUGAAGUUGUAAUGCUUGGAUAUGGUUCCAUGAUUGCCAGGCACUGUGUUGCAGUUCCCACUUGCUCUUCUGAGCUUCUCGGGCCCAUUCAUGAGAUUGCUGCACAGGCCAUUUCUAAAAAUGACAUUCCUGAAAUCACAUUGGCUCUUAAAGUUCUGGGCAAUGCUGGUCACCCUGCUAGUCUUAAACCCAUCAUGAAGCUCCUGCCAGGACUGAGAACUGCAGCUACAUCUCUGCCCCUUAGAGUCCAGGUUGAUGCCAUCUUGGCCCUGAGGAACAUUGCCAAGAAAGAACCCAAACUGGUUCAGCCAGUUGCCCUGCAGCUUGUGUUGGAUAGAGCUCUCCACCCAGAAGUGCGCAUGGUUGCUUGUAUCGUGUUGUUUGAAACCAAGCCCUCAGUGGCUCUCAUGUCAAGUCUUGCUGGUUCUUUAAAGACUGAAACUAACAUGCAGGUUGCGAGUUUUACCUAUUCCCACAUCAAGUCCUUGACCAGAAUCACUGCUCCCGACAUGGCAGCUGUUGCUGGUGCAGCUCAUGUUGCUAUCAAGCUUUUGAGUCCCAAGCUGAACAGGCUUAGUUGGCAUUUCAGCAGAGCCUUCGAGUUUGACAUCUAUCAGACUCCUUUUAUGGUUGGAGCUGCUGGGAGUGCCUACAUGAUCAAUGAUGCUGCAACCAUCCUGCCCAGAGCUGUUGUAGCUAAAGCACGUGCUUAUCUGGCUGGAGCUGCAGCUGAUGUUCUUGAGAUUGGUGUGAGAACUGAAGGAAUCCAGGAGGCUCUUCUGAAAUCUCCUGCUGCAGAUGAAAGUGUUGACCGUAUCACAAAGAUUAAGCGCACCCUGAGAGCACUCAUAAAUUGGAAGGCUUUGCCAACCAGUCAGCCACUGGCUUCAGCCUAUAUCAAACUGUUUGGACAGGAGGUGGCUUUUGCCAGAAUUGACAGGACCCUCAUUGAACAAGCAAUAUCGCUUUCCACUGGACCCAAAUCACGUGAACUGUUGAAGGCGGCUCUUAAAGCUUUGCAGGAAGGAAUUGCUUUGCAGUAUGCCAAACCUCUGCUUGCAGCUGAAAUGCGUCGUAUCUUGCCAACAGCAGUUGGUUUGCCCAUGGAGCUCAGUUUCUACACUGCUGCCGUUGCUGCUGCAUCCAUCAAUGUUAAAGCCACCAUUACACCUCCUCUCCCUGAGGAGAUUGAGACCAUGACUGUUGAACAGCUGAAGAAGACUGAUAUUCAACUCCAAGCUGAAGCUAGACCAAGUAUUGCUCUCCAGACCUUUGCUGUGAUGGGAGUGAACACUGCCUUGAUCCAAGCUGCUGUUAUGGCGAGAGGAAAGAUCCGUAUAAUUGCUCCUGGAAAAGUGACUGCAAGAGCAGACAUUCUCAAGGGCAACUACAAGGUGGAGGCUCUGCCUGUUGAGGUUCCUGAACAUAUUGCUGCUCUGAGCUUUGAGACUCAUGCUGUGGCCAGAAAUAUUGAAGAUCCUACUGCUGCGAGGAUUGUUCCAUUGGUGCCGGAGUUGUCACUGCAAAACCGCCAGAGACAUCUUGCUGGAUCGUCCUCUGAAAUCUUUGAUCCUGAGAUGCCACGUGAUGCUCCUGCUCCAUUUGACAAGACUCUCUGUCUUGCUGUCCCAUACAUUGAAAUCAAGGGAUGCGUUGAGGUGCACUCUCACAAUGCUGCUUUUAUUAGCGAUGCUCCUCUGUUCUACAUAAUUGGACACCACUCAGCACGUGCUACAGUGGCAAGAGGGGAAGGUCCUACAGUUGAAAGACUGGAGCUUGAAGUCCAAGUUGGUCCUAGAGCUGCCGAGAGGCUCCUUAAGCAAAUCAGUCUCAUUGAUGAGGAGACUGCAGAAGGAAAGGCUUUCCUGUUGAAACUGAAGAAAAUCCUGGAGACUGAAGAUAAAAACAGGUCUGUCUCUUCUGAAAGCAACAGCAACAGCAACAGCAACAGUAGCAGCAGCAGCAGCAGGAGCAGCAGGAGCAGUAGGAGCAGCAGCAGUUCAGGCUCUUCAAUGUCCAGCUUUCGUGUGAGCAAGACUGCCAAACCCAUGGAUCCCUUCAAGAAAUUCCACAAAGAUCAGUAUAUGGCACACCAUGGAUCCUCAAAGGCAGUUAGCAGUGGAAGCGCUGCAUCUAGUUUGGAGCGUAUCCAGAAACAGGCUAAAUAUCUUGGGGAUGCUAUUCCACCUGUUUUUGCUAUCAUUGCCCGUGCUGUUAGAGUAGAUCACAAGUUGUUGGGUUACCAGCUUGCAGCCUUCUUUGACGAGCCAACUUCAAGGGUGCAGCUCAUUGUUUCAUCCAUUGCUGAGAAUGACAACUGGAAGUUGUGUGCUGAUGGUGUCCUUCUGAGCAAGCACAAAGUCACUACCAAUGUUGCCUGGGGUACAGAGUGUCAACAAUAUGCAGUCAUUAUGAAAGCUGAAGCUGGAAUCCUUGGAGAAUUCCCUGCUGUCCGUCUAGAGUGGGAAUGGGAGAGGCUUCCAAAUUUAAUCACCAACUAUGCCAAAAAGCUGUCUAAGCAUAUUCCUAUGGCAGCAUUACAAUCAGGGUUCAGGUUUGAAAGAGCCACAAACAGUGAGAAAGAAAUUGAACUGACUGUGGCCUUGCCCAGUAAAAGGUCCCUGAAUGUCAUAGUAAGGGUUCCAGAGAUGACACUGUCGAGGAUGGCUAUUCCCCUCCCUGUCACUGUACCCAUCAAUCCAGAUGGAUCUCUUUCUAUUUAUAUUGAUCAAGACAUUAUGUUCAGAGUCCAGAAUUAUAUCUAUGAUCACACCGCAGCAAAAUGCAGCAUGAUACAAGACACAAUCACUACGUUCAACAACAAGAGGUACAAGAACGAAAUGCCCAUUUCUUGCUACCAAGUCUUGGCUCAGGACUGUACACCUGAGCUGAAAUUUGUUGUUCUCUUGAAGAAGGAUGAGUCUGAAAAAAACCACCUGAACAUUAAACUUGCUGACAUCAAUGUCGAUCUGUAUGCUUUGGGCAACCAAGCAAAAGUUAAAAUUAAUGAAAGGGAAGUGCCCAUCAGCAGCCUUCCCUACCAGCAUCCCUCAGGCUCCAUUCAGAUAAGGGAGAAGGCUGAUGGUUUGUCACUUUAUGCUUCUGGUUAUGGGCUUCAGGAAGUCUACUUUGACAGUGGUCAUUGGAAGAUCCAAGUUGCAGACUGGAUGAAAGGACGGACUUGUGGAAUCUGUGGAAAGGCUGAUGGAGAGAUCAGACAGGAGUAUACCACACCCAGUGGAUACCUGACCAAGAGUCCAGUCAGCUUUGCCCACUCAUGGGUGCUUUCUGCUGAGAGCUGCCGUGAUGCCAGCCAAUGCCGCAUGAAACUUGAAUCUGUAAAGCUGGAGAAGCAGGUGAUAUUGAAUGGCCAGGAAUCUAAAUGCUACUCUGUUGAGCCUGUGCUGCGCUGUCUGCCAGGCUGUGCACCAAUCAGAACCACCCCUGUCACUAUUGGAUACCACUGCCUUUCCACACUCUCUAACCUCAACAUGCUUGAUGGAGUCUAUGAGAAGAGUGUAGACUUGAGAGAGACUACAGAUGCUCAUCUGGCCUGUCGCUGCAGUGAACAGUGUGCUUAAACCCACUUAUUGGCUCAGUAGUACCUAAUACAACACUUUUUGAAGCUGCUGUAAAAUAAUGCCUCAUUUUCAAUAAAUGUGAACAAGCAUUCUGAAAA